UAUACGAAUUUCUUUUCUCCUUCUCCCUUCUGCUGUACGCGGAUUUGAGGAGUGAUUUGGUGUUUACUUUCUGUACUAAACUGGGGCAAAACCGGAAUCGAUGCCAGAAGUGGAGAAAGGGCAAUCAGUUCGCACGCAGUCUUUGGCAAAUCAACGCUUCGAUCUCUAAGUUAAUUGUAAUUUAAAUUUGAUGUUUGAUACUUUAUAUGAUCUUUAACUCUCGGUUUGUUUGGAUUUUGCAUCUCCUCUCAGAAAAUCCCAUUAGGCCCCUUUCGUUAUCUUCUCAGAAUUCUAUAAACGGAUUCAUGUCAGCGCCAAACGAGGAUAACGUUUCUCCCCAUAGUCAGCUUUCGUCCCAUUUUUUUGGGGACCUCCUCGAUUCCAUAAUUGUUGAUGUGGCCUCUGAGUGUCACCGAAUAGCAAAGUUGGGACUUGAUCGCAACUUAGAGGAAGAGGAAGAAGAAUUGAGGCUGUCAACACAAGCCCGUGUUAGGGUAGCUGAUCCUAGUAUUAGUGGUGAAACAAAUGGCAAGUAUGUUGUCGACAUUUUUGGACAAACCCAUCCGGCUGUUGCAAAUGAAGUUUUCGAUUGCAUGAAUUGCGGGCGAUCCAUCGUGGCUGGAAGGUUUGCUCCUCAUUUAGAAAAGUGCAUGGGAAAGGGUAGGAAGGCUCGUCUCAAAACAACCAGAAGUAGCACAUCUGCACAGAACCGGUACUCGCGAGGAAGCCCUGUUUCCACAUACUCUCCUUAUUCAAAUUCAUCCAGCACAAACCGGUUACCAAAUGGAACGCCUGGUCUUGCAGGUGAAGAGUAUUCAAAUGGCACUUUGGAGGAGCCAUGAGACACAAUUUUACGCAGCAUUCAUGCCUGUUUAUGAGAUCUGAAGCUUUGUAGAAGGGUUGGCAAAGAUUACAUUCCACAGAUUCCAAGUUUUACAAGCUUAGCAAUGAAGUGCACCAACAAAAAUCUCACGCAUGAAUUGUUCAUCGGGAGCAAAAUCGGCCCAGCAUCAAUCACCUGCUAGUUACUUGUCUUUUUCUUGUAAUUCACUUGGCAUCAUUUCCUUUCAGUAAAUUUGCCAUUCAUUUACUCUUACCACAAGCUAUGCUGCUCCUAAGUUCAUCUGAUCUUAGGUUCUGUUGUAAAGGUUGCAUUGGAAAUACUGUGAUGGUGCUAUUUUAAAGAGUCAAAUUUGACUGGAAAAACCUAACAAGAUUUUGAGUAGUAAAAUUUUAAAUUACCUGGAGUUUAUAUUGGUAAA